UUGUGAGUUCCUGUAUGGCGGCAUGGAGUUCGAAUGGAUGGCCUUUGGGGGAUCCUUCCAACUCUAGGACUCUAUUCUAGGAUUCUAUGAAUAGAGAGAAGGCCAGGAAUGGCCCACCCUGUUCUAGACCCACCUCCUUCCUUCCCUGAUUGGCUCUCAUCUCUCCUUCCAAUUGUCAGUAGGUUCCUUUUGGAAUCAUUGCACCUUCGUUGGCUCUCCUAAUACUGUUAGCCUUUUGGUGCUGGAUUUCAAAAGGAAAAUAGAUCCUCUGAUGACUUUACUUCAGUUAGUUUUCAUUAUUUGUAUGGUGCUUAAGCUUCUUUCCCCAGAUCUGGAGUUAUUCUGGUUUUCAUGGUGCGGGAGAACAGGGCUUUCAACUCUAUCAGUGGUGUAUCAGUGAGUUUUGGAUCCUGUGGAAACCUAUGGAGGACUUCGAAAUGUGUUCAUCCAUGCCAUGAGAAAAGUUUGAAUUGUUUGCCAAGAUCCUUCCAGUCUGAACUCAAGGUUUGAGCCCAGUUUCUAAUGUCUUUACGAGGCUCCGAAGAUUUGGAUGAUGACACUACAAACAAGGAAGGGGAGUUGACCUGGAUGCUUUUCUUUGCUACCUUGAUCUCCACCUUGGGAUCGUCUUUGCAAUAUGGUUACAACCUCACGGUGAUCAACUACCCAGCGAAGUUCUUGAAAAGCUUUUACAAUGAGACCUAUCGAGAGCGGAACAACAUCAACGUCGACCAUAGCAUCCUCAUGUUCUUCUGGGGGCUGACGGUCUCCUUCUUCCAGGUUGGAGCCAUUUGUGGGGCUCUGCUGGCCGGCCCACUGGUGGAUGCUUGUGGCAGGAAAGGGACCCUGUUGGCACUUAAUGCUUUGGUCAUUGUUUCGGCCAUCCUCCAGGGUUCUUCCAGAGCAGUCCAUUCCUAUGAACUGAUCAUCAUAGGGCGCUUGGUCAUCGGAGGAUGCGUAGGUGUCUCCUACAGCGUUGUCCCAAUGUACAUCACAGAGCUGGCCCCACCGAACCUGAGGGACUCCCUUGGGAUGGUCCCACAUCUCUUCAUCGUCUGUGGCGAGCUACUGGCCAACGUGUUCGGCCUUCGCCACAUCCUCGGAACUGAAGAAAGCUGGCCACUCCUUCUGAGCCUCAUUGCCUUUCCAGCAUUAUUUCAGAUGGUUCUGCUGCCUUUCUUUCCUGAAAGUCCUAGAUAUCUCCUGAUUCAGAAGCGGAAUGAAACGGAAGCGAAACAAGCCUUGCAGAAACUGAGAGGCUGGGAUGACGUGGAGGAUGAGAUAGAAGAGCUUUAUCUGGAGGACAGCACUGAAAAGGAAGAGAAAAACAUGGAUGUGCUCAAGAUCCUGCAUUAUGAAGACCUGCAGUGGCAGCUCACCGCUAUCAUCGUCUUGAUGGGCGGCCAGCAGCUCUCCGGCAUCAAUGCAGCACGCCAUUACACCGAGGAAAUGUAUUUGUAUCUUGGCUUGGAAGAAGAACAACUUCCGUAUGCCACCUUGUUACUUACCACACUCCUCAUGAUCAUGAUUAUCAUAGCGCUGUGCAUUGUGGGGACUUUAGGGCUGAGAAGUCUCCUCCUUACCGGCUUCGGGAUCUGCAGCUUCUCCUGCAUUCUCUUAGCCAUGACCAUUGAACUUCAGAAGCAUGUCCCAUGGAUGCCUCGGAUCAGCACAGCUUUGCUCACCGUCUUCCUCAUUGGGCAGUCCAUCGGACCAGAUCCAGUAGUCAACGUCUUAGUAUCCGAAUUUUUCCUUCAGUCGUCUCGGUCCACGGCUUUCGUGAUUACGGGGACCUUACACUGGCUGUGCAAAUUUCUUACUACAGUAGUGUACCUUCAUAUGGAGACCGACCUCGAACCCUACAGCUUCGUCAUCUUUUGGCCUUUCUCUGUUGCUGCCUUCAUCUCUCUGAGCAAGAUCCUUCCGAAAAUGAAGAACAAGACUUUUGUGGAGGUUCGGCGCACCAUUGCAAUCCAUGUGGCUCGGAGAAUCCUGAUGCAAUCCUUACCAGUGCAUUCCCAUUAAAGAAAAAAAU